UAUAAUAGAAAACUAAAUUCUGUGAUAUCCUGCUGCCUGCAUUCUGUGAAGUGAACAAUCCUAUUUGAUCGAGAAAAAAUGUUGAGAUUCAACAAUUGCUGUUAUUAAUUAAAAGCGACUUGUGCUUCUUUAUCAGUAUGUGAUACAAAUUGUGACAAAUCACAGUAUAAUUAUAACGAGACUAAAACAAAAGACUUGGAACAUAGGCUGAAGAUUUUAAUAAGAUAACAACUGAUAAUAUACGUCAUUUGCCGUUAUGACAUAAGCACCUAAAGAUGUCCAAAGUGCUGUCGGCAUUAGGAGGUGCGCUUCCUGAUGAGCGCCCAAUCCUAUCACUGCAGAUAGUUGAGAGUGCUGCUAAGUGCCCAGCUGGAUACUGGCCGGUGAGCCGAACUUACGAUGAAGAUGCUGACGCUGGUCUUCUUAGACAAGCUGGCCUGUUCGGCAAGAAGCCGAGUCACUACAUCUGCUUGUCUAAAUCUGAAGGUGUUCCCGGGUAUGUGAUGGACGGCGUGAUGAUCCUGGGCGAGCGCGAGGCCACUCCGGCGGGCUACAGCGUGGCGGGUCGCGCGGGGAAGCGGCGUCUGUGCACUCGCGUGUCGCGCCUGGUGGCAGGAGUACCUGCUCCGCCCGUCACUGACGUCAUCGUGUGCUCGCGGAUGAAGACGGCACCGCAAGGGUUCCUGCUCGCCGGCGAGAUAAACGGCAAGGUGGUGUGCUAUAAGGUGAGUGGAGCGGACGGCAGCGCGGACUCCUCCCCCACGCACCAGGCCAACGAGUACGAGAACGUUGUCUCUAACGUCACGCCCGAAGCUAACAGGAGAUUGCGGCAAGUGCCCGAUCGGCCGCCGAAGUUGUCUCCGCUGGUGAACGAGCUCAACGGCCUUAACCUCAAGAGCGCGUACCCCAACAUAGAGGAGUUCACAACAGACCACGACUACGAGGCGCUGAGUCCUUCGUACAACAUCAAGCCGGGCCGACCCGCGCCCCGUCCGCCUGUCUCCCCUCUCAAAGCCGGGCCCACUUCCCCGCAGAAGGCCCCGAGGAAGAAAGGCCCCGCGCCACUACCGCGAGUCCCCAACUACCAGACGCUCGGAGGAUACAGCGGCAUGGAGGGCGUGCCAUUUGUGCUCAACCCUAAGCUACGAGGGCUGCCCAGUGAUGCUCUAGGUCAGAUGCCAGUUAUCAAGAAACGAUCCAGAUUUGAUUUGGACAGAGAUCACUCGUACACAUUUGCAGUCGAGCGACAGACGUGAGAUUAAUAAUUAUACCUACUAUUUAUUAUAACAUUUUAUCUACAACAUAAUAUUACGCUGUACGUUACCCCAUAGAAAUUUGUUCGUUGUUACACCGAACUAGAUGUCGAGCCACAUUCUAGAAUCAUACCGUUCAAUACCACCUAUAGUGGUAGUGAUGUUAUUGUUUUUUUAUCAUUAUUUUUAAUGAUUUAACGAUGUGUUUUUCUAGCACUGAAUAUGCCUUAUGUAUCACUUUUAUAUUAUUUCGAUAUUUCAUUAAUUCUAGGGAGAUUUAUAUACUUCUUCUACAACUAUUUGUAAUGUAGUACCUAUCUUGUAAUGGAUGGUAAUGUGUUCUGGUAUCAGAGUAACUUUGCUCUACGCAGCUGUACUGUAUUUUUUGUGAACUGUGACAGAACGAUGAUAGAAUUAAUUAAAGAACUUGAAUAAGUUGUUAAAUUCACAAAACUUUCGUGACACAUUAUUAACUAUAUUUUAUGUAAAUCGGUUUUACCGCCGGUUUGUCCAACUCGCGUAAUAUGAGCGCAAAUUCGUAGUGCUAGAUGGGGCGCGACCUUGAAUUCACUACACUCACCAUGAUGAAUUUAAAUUCAAAUAUUUUUAUUCAUAAUCACUUAUUGAACGUCAUUUCUACAACCCACUCAAAAUAGUCUGCCUCACACCUGAGAUGAACGGACGUAAAAAAACUCAGGGGACUUUAUUUUUUAAUAAAAAUAUAGAUUACUAUGUAAUAUCGUACCAUAAAAAAUUAUAAUCAAAGCGCCUGAGGGUGUUCGUUUCAUUCCCAGUCUGUUACCUGAUACCCUUAAGAAAAUCAUUGAUGUUAUAAUAACCUUUACCACACAAACAUAUUUUAAAAAUUCCUUUUAAUUUCGUAACACAUUCGUUUUGUAUAUUUCUGGUACCAAUUUGUAAAAGCAUAUACAUAUAUGAAGGACCUCGUAUUAGGUUGAAACUAGUCCGAACCAACAACAAUUAAUCUUGAUUGAAGCCGAUUUAUAUAAAUAUAGUUAAUUUUGUUGCUAAUCUGUUAUUACUGAAACUUUUUGAGUGUUAGUGUGUCGGUAAUAGAAUUGCCACUUAUCAGCAAACAUGUUGAGCUUUCCAUUUUAUAUAUUGUACGCAAAACAUAUCGUAUUGAAGGUUGUUAUCAUAGACGUAGAGCGAACGCCACGGGUCAAUAGAAGUAUUACAAAAAUAAAAAAUAAAACUUAAUAAUAUACUAAAAAUACAGUAUUAAUAGAGAGCUUUUUACUCUAACUCACUCAUUUAAAAUACUUAUGUAGCUAAAUCGCUAUAGACUUUUCUCUAUAUAUUUAAUUAUUGGAUUGAAAAAAAAAAACCCGCUUUCUUUUGUUGAAUUUGUAUACUAGGAUUCUGUUUUCGGCCUGUAUGAUUUAUCCGUUUUUAGUACUGUUUGAAGUAAUCUAGCACUUGCUUAAAAGAAUUUUGAAAAAAGCAAAACAGACACACUUAAUGAUCAUGUUGAAAUUAUGUAAAAAAAAAUUGAUCUCAGGGUUAAAAACCAUAGGGAAAAUAUUCGAGAACGUAGAUAAGGAAAAACUGCUGCUAUUGUUUCCUCUAAAUAAACCAUACUUGUUGUGCAUUUAAUCUAUUAAAUACGCCUUCACAAGCCUACCACAAGGAUCGGUAUGUCACAAAUUUUUGUAUUACUUCUAUUGCGCACGUGAGUCCGCUACUUCAUUGACAAAAGCUAUAGAUACAUGAUCGGAUUUGGUCCGACCGAACCAUCGGACGCGGUCUCGUAGCGGACUAUAUUCGCAUGUCGCAUCGUACAUCGCACAAAAUUACUAUAUUACCAUCUGGACCGUACCGAGUACGACAAUCGAUGCUCAAAAACGUCCACCGGACCGUUCGAUGGUCCGGCCGUACCAAAUCCAUCAUGUGUUUAGGUUAUUAUAUUGGUCCAUUGUAAUGUGAUUAUGUAGUGACGGAAUAGAAGACUGAUGGAGUUAUCGUGUGUUGUGUAUUGUGCACGGUUUAUGUGAGUGGGUAUCGCAAUGUUAAAUGAGUACGGCUGAUGGUACUGAAAUAAUUUUUCGACCAAAUUGGCAUUGGUAGGGUAAGGGGCGCGGAGGGGAUAUCAGUGGCAUCACGCCAUUGGUCGGUUAGUCGAUCAUUGUACUUGAGUUUACGCUGUUUUACUUUUAAGUACCUACAGUACAGUAAAUUUAUAUAGGGUUACUUUACAAUAAUGUUUUUAUCGCAUUUCUUUGCGUUUAAGAAUUAAUAAAAUAUAUAAAAUGAAGUAAUUUCGUGCGUGACUGUACCCACGUAUCCCCACCACUGCCGCCCAGUGCUCUUUCUACGUGUUGCGAUGUAUAAAUAUAUGUGUAUGUGUAGACGAUACUGAUUAUGGAAUUUUACAUAUUUAAUGGAAUGUUUUGCUACAUUGUUAGCAGCAUUAUUACUUUUUUUUGAAGUACCCUCAUACUGUAACGAAACAAUCUAAGCAAAAAGUAGGUAAUAUAUAACUUGCAUCAGCCAAAUCUGUACAAAUAACUUGAUCAUAAUGAAGUUUAUGAAUAUCGAACACAAUGAUAGCCCGUUCGUUUUCAUUUGAUUUAUUGCAUGAUAGAUACAAAUUAAAUUUAUGAACAAUGCGGGGCUCGAACCCGCGACCUCUCGGGUUCCGUCCGAUCGCUCUUAGGUUGAACCACAACCCGAGAAUUGAACCAGAUUUACGAACCAUGCGUCACUCGUAUGGUUGGCUCAGUAGGUAAGAGCUCUCGGACGGAACGCAAGAGUUCGAGUCUCGCAUUGUUCAUAAAUUUUGUUUACAAAUUUAAUUUGUAUAAUUAAUAAAAUAUAAUAAAAAAAAUAUUUAAGCGACUGAUGCACUACUGUCUCAAUUCAAAAAUGCUCAUAAAAUUUAGAUGAAAUUUGUCUGGUUUUUUCCGACAGUUUAAAUGUAUGUUUUACUUAUAUUAUCAUAGAGUAAUUAAUGGUUUUUAUAAAUUUUGCUUCGUAAAUACUUACGUUUAAUUAUUAAUUAGAUGAGAUUUAACGUAAUUAUGAUGCCAUAGUUAAUCAUUAAUAGUUUAUCUAUUAUGAACUAUGAUUUAAUAGGCAGCUUUUAAUUAUAAAUGAUAUCCCGUGCCAAUUGUCUUAUCGAUAUUUUUACCGAAAUAGAAAUUGAUUUUAAUGUUUAAAAUUUUACAAUUUUUCAUGUUCUCUGUCCAAUUAAUAUAUUGAAAAGCGACGUCAAUCUUACACAAAUAAACCUGAGAGUUGAACAAAGCAUACAAGAUUUUAUAAAAGAUGCGUUACUCAAACGGUUGGCUCGGGUGGAAAGAGCGCUAGCACAGAACGCGAGACAUCGCGGGUCCGAGUCCCGCAUCGUUCAUAAAAAAAAAUCAGUUUUAUUUGUGUAAUUAAUCCCAGAAGUGAGGGUAAUCACUUUAAAACAUAACAAAUUGACGAGGAUUUUAAUAAUUGCAUACCUUGACUUUAUAUUAUACAUUUAAGAUUUAGGUAAUACACUAUACUCUAAUAGGUAGCUGACACAAAAACGAUGGUGACUUCGAAAUAACUUGAAUAGAAAAUAUCGAUUUUAUUGUGUUUCUAGUUCGUUUCAUAAAGGAUUAUUAUUUGCAAUGCAAACAAUUUAGUGAAGCAAAUGAGUCGAGCAGGUGCUGGUGAAAAAUAAUGGUAGGGUAUUGGUCGUUAAAAUUCUCAUUUAUCAGUUAAUAAUCACAAUAUAUCGUAUAUGACAUACAAUAAACAACUAGACUCAUAAUGACGCUCAAAAACUGUCUGAAGCAAAACGCGUCUUUUAGGCAGAGUUGUGUUUCGACUGCGCUUAGAAUACAACGCCACGCAAUGACAAAGUGUUCAGUGAAAAACUGUCCAAAUAACAGCAUAUCCAAACUUAAAGUGGAUGGAGUAUCAUUUUUUUGAUAAGGUCCCUUUUAACGAAAUUCCGUAACUAACUUUGCGAAAACUUUGUUUUUAAUAAUUUUGCGAAAACAAAAUACAUCGCCGACGAAAAGUGCAAAAGAGACGUCCGUCUUUGUCGCAUCAUAAUCAAUUAGCUUCUAAUGAGCGUAUACAAUAGACUUUGAUCGUUACUGCCACGAAAUAAAGUAUUAAUUUGAA